AUGAUCCAGCACAUAUGCUUUAUCAAGAGUUUAUGGAAAGUUGCCAGCGAGAAUAUUGUCCAGCGCAGCAGUCUCCUGCCCGCCAAACCCAUUGCGGGAGUCGUGGAUUGGGAGUUCACAUACGCAGCCCCAGUUGAGUUCAUCUACGCACCACCUUGGUGGCUUCUUAUCCAGAAACCACAAAGAUGGCCGCAUGAUCUCGAUGACUGGAUAAGGACCCUUGAUCGACGUCUCCAGACAUCUAUGAAGGCAAUGGUUGAUCGCGAAGACGCUGCUAGCACAAAAGAGACCGAACUUGUAUUCGCUCCAAUGCGAGAAAGCUGGGAGAGUGGUGAGUUUGGAUAG